GUCUCAGUGUAAGGAGUAUUGUGUUGUGAGAAGAUGGAAUGAUACAGGACAUUCUCUUAAAGCUUUCCUUGCUUUCAGACUGCAGUGGUGUCUAGCAGGGCUCGACAGGAAGGGAAUUGCAGUCUCUGUAGUAACCAGUAAGUCUGGUCCCGACACAUCAGGGAAGAGCUUGGUCUUCAGAGGAAUUACCUCUGAGAGCUGGAAGAGGGUGUUCCUGGUAACUUGGGGCUUCUCUGUCAGUCUCCCCACGGAAACCACAGUCAGCACUGUGCUCUGUGGAAAGCCUGCAGUGGCUGCUCCCUCGUGCUGUUCUGCUCUCGACUCUCACUCACUGUGGAUAGUGGGCUGGUGAAGUGCGGGCGCCAGAGGGUAGGGGUGAAUGGAAUGGAAACACAGAGGGAACUGUGACCAGCACGUGCGAUGGUCUCUCCACGGCAGACAGAGCCCUGCGUGGGUGAGAAGCAGACUGCGGAACAGGAUUUGGCUUGAUGGCCACCAGCUCUUCCACAAAAAGGGCGGGUCAUGCGGAGGCUGUAGCCAAGGACGAGGUGUGUGCAGCUGUUGCCUGGACCUUUGUCCAAUCCACGUCGACAUUUGAGGAAUCACAGCGUGUGAAAAUGAACUCAGAGGAGAAUUGGUGAAUUCCUAUCCAGUGGGCAUCUUCGAACCCUGGUGGACGGCAGAAGAAUAUCAGGUCCAGGGAUCACCCACCCAGCGCGGCGACAGUGCAGAGUGGCCACAUCUGGUGGAAGAUGAAAAAAAUGUAGUUAUUGAAUUCAAUCAAGUGUUUGCAUCUUUCAAACUAUCAACAAAAUUCCAUCAAGAAACGUUCCAGUUGGUCUCACAGACAUAUGGAUAUCCGAGGAGCCACCUAAAGAUGGAGAAAUCAAGGCACAGAGAGAUUAAGUGACUUUGCCAUAGUCACAAGCUGGAGAGGACCAGGAGUAGAGCUUAGAGCGAGCCCCUGACUCUGGGCCUGCGUCCUGCCAGGAGUCACGCUGCCUCCAUUCCUAGGAGAGAAGACUUCCUGUAAGAUGGAGGUGGACACCGAGGAGAAGCGGCAUCGCACGCGGUCCAAAGGGGUUCGAGUUCCCGUGGAACCAGCCAUACAAGAGCUGUUCAGCUGUCCCACCCCUGGCUGUGACGGCAGUGGUCAUGUCAGUGGCAAAUAUGCAAGACACAGAAGUGUAUAUGGUUGUCCCUUGGCGAAAAAAAGAAAAACACAAGAUAAACAGCCCCAGGAACCUGCUCCUAAACGAAAGCCAUUUGCCGUGAAAGCAGACAGCUCCUCAGUGGACGAGUGUGAUGACAGUGAUGGGACUGAGGACAUGGACGAGAAGGAGGAGGAUGAGGGGGAGGAGUACUCCGAGGACAAUGAGGAGCCAGGGGAUGAGGACGAGGAGGAUGAGGAGGGGGACCGGGAGGAGGAGGAGGAGAUCGAGGAGGAGGAUGAGGACGAUGAUGAGGAUGGAGAAGAUGUGGAGGAUGAAGAAGAGGAAGAGGAGGAGGAGGAGGAGGAGGAAGAGGAGGAAGAAGAAAACGAAGACCAUCAAAUGAAUUGUCACAAUACUCGAAUAAUGCAAGACACAGAAAAGGAUGAUAACAAUAAUGACGAAUAUGACAAUUACGAUGAACUGGUGGCCAAGUCGUUGUUAAACCUCGGCAAAAUCGCCGAGGACGCAGCCUACCGGGCCAGGACUGAAUCCGAAAUGAACAGCAAUACCUCCAAUAGUCUGGAAGACGAUAGUGACAAAAACGAAAACCUGGGUCGGAAAAGUGAGUUGAGUUUAGACUUAGACAGUGACGUUGUUAGAGAAACAGUGGACUCCCUUAAAUUAUUAGCCCAAGGACACGGUGUUGUGCUCUCAGAUAACAUGAAUGACAGAAGUUACGCAGACAGCAUGUCGCAGCAAGAUAGCAGAAAUAUGAAUUACGUCAUGUUGGGGAAGCCCAUGAACAAUGGACUCAUGGAAAAGAUGGUGGAGGAGAGCGAUGAGGAGGUGUGUCUGAGCAGUCUGGAGUGUCUGAGGAAUCAGUGCUUCGACCUGGCCAGGAAGCUCAGCGAGACCAACCCGCAGGAGAGGAACCCGCAGCAGAACAUGAACAUCCGUCAGCACGUCCGGCCAGAAGAGGACUUCCCAGGAAGGACGCCGGACAGAAACUACUCGGACAUGCUGAACCUCAUGCGGCUGGAGGAGCAGUUGAGCCCUCGGUCGAGAGUGUUUGCCAGCUGUGCGAAGGAGGACGGGUGUCAUGAGCGGGACGACGAUACCACCUCCGUGAAUUCGGACAGGUCUGAAGAGGUGUUCGACAUGACCAAGGGGAACCUGACCCUGCUGGAGAAAGCCAUUGCUUUAGAAACGGAAAGAGCAAAGGCCAUGAGGGAGAAGAUGGCCAUGGAAGCCGGGAGGAGGGACAAUAUGAGGUCAUACGAGGACCAGUCUCCGAGACAACUUCCCGGGGAGGACAGAAAGCCUAAAUCCAGUGACAGCCAUGUCAAAAAGCCAUACUAUGGUAAAGAUCCCUCAAGAACAGAAAAGAAAGAGAGCAAGUGUCCAACCCCCGGGUGUGAUGGAACCGGCCACGUAACUGGGCUGUACCCACAUCACCGCAGCCUGUCCGGAUGCCCGCACAAAGAUAGGGUCCCUCCAGAAAUCCUUGCCAUGCAUGAAAGUGUCCUCAAGUGCCCCACUCCGGGCUGCACGGGGCGCGGGCAUGUCAACAGCAACAGGAACUCCCACCGAAGCCUCUCCGGAUGCCCGAUCGCUGCAGCAGAGAAACUGGCCAAGGCACAGGAAAAGCACCAGAGCUGUGACGUGUCCAAGUCCAGCCAGGCCUCGGACCGCGUGCUCAGGCCAAUGUGCUUUGUGAAGCAGCUGGAGAUUCCUCAGUAUGGCUACAGAAACAAUGUCCCCACAACAACGCCGCGUUCCAACCUGGCCAAGGAGCUCGAGAAAUAUUCCAAGACCUCGUUUGAAUACAACAGUUACGACAGCCAUACUUAUGGCAAGCGAGCCAUAGCUCCCAAGGUGCAAACCAGGGAUAUAUCCCCCAAAGGAUAUGAUGAUGCGAAGCGGUACUGCAAGGACCCCAGCCCCAGCAGCAGCAGCACCAGCAGCUACGCGCCCAGCAGCAGCAGCAACCUGAGCUGCGGCGGGGGCAGCAGCGCCAGCAGCACCUGCAGCAAGAGCAGCUUCGACUACACGCACGACAUGGAGGCGGCCCACAUGGCGGCCACCGCCAUCCUCAACCUGUCCACGCGCUGCCGCGAGAUGCCGCAGAACCUGAGCACCAAGCCGCAGGACCUGUGCGCCACGCGGGUACACGCGCCUGGGCAGAACCCUGACAUGGAGGUGGAUGAGAACGGGACCCUGGACCUCAGCAUGAACAAGCAGAGGCCGCGGGACAGCUGCUGCCCCAUCCUGACCCCCCUGGAGCCCAUGUCCCCCCAGCAGCAGGCAGUGAUGAACAACCGGUGUUUCCAGCUGGGCGAGGGCGACUGCUGGGACUUGCCCGUAGACUACACCAAAAUGAAACCCCGGAGGAUAGACGAGGACGAGUCCAAAGACAUUACUCCAGAAGACUUGGACCCAUUCCAGGAGGCUCUAGAAGAAAGACGGUAUCCCGGGGAGGUGACCAUCCCAAGUCCCAAACCCAAGUACCCUCAGUGCAAGGAGAGCAAAAAGGAUUUAAUAACAUGUCCAACUCCAGGGUGUGAUGGGAGUGGUCAUGUGACUGGUAAUUACGCCUCACACAGAAGUCUAUCUGGCUGCCCCCUGGCGGACAAAAGCAUUCGAAGUAUGCUGGCCACCAGCUCCCAAGAACUCAAGUGCCCCACACCUGGCUGUGACGGUUCUGGACAUAUCACUGGCAAUUAUGCUUCUCAUCGGAGCCUUUCAGGUUGCCCGAGAGCAAAGAAAAGCGGUAUCAGGAUAGCACAGAGCAAAGAAGAUAAGGAAGAUCAAGAGCCCAUCAGGUGUCCGGUCCCCGGGUGCGAUGGCCAGGGUCACAUCACUGGGAAGUACGCGUCCCAUCGCAGCGCCUCCGGGUGCCCCUUGGCGGCCAAGAGGCAGAAAGACGGGUACUUGAAUGGCUCCCAGUUCUCCUGGAAGUCGGUCAAGACAGAAGGCAUGUCCUGCCCCACGCCAGGGUGCGACGGCUCAGGCCACGUUAGCGGCAGCUUCCUCACACACCGCAGCCUGUCAGGAUGCCCGAGAGCCACGUCAGCGAUGAAGAAGGCAAAGCUUUCUGGAGAGCAGAUGCUGACCAUCAAACAGCGGGCCAGCAACGGUAUAGAAAAUGAUGAAGAAAUCAAACAGUUAGAUGAAGAAAUCAAGGAGCUAAAUGAAUCCAAUUCCCAGAUGGAAGCCGAUAUGAUUAAACUCAGAACUCAGAUUACCACGAUGGAGAGCAACCUGAAGACCAUCGAAGAGGAGAACAAAGUGAUUGAGCAGCAGAACGAGUCCCUCCUCCACGAGCUGGCGAACCUGAGCCAGUCUCUGAUCCACAGUCUGGCCAACAUCCAGCUGCCACACAUGGAUCCAAUCAAUGAACAAAAUUUUGAUGCUUACGUGACUACUUUGACGGAAAUGUAUACAAAUCAAGAUCGUUAUCAGAGUCCAGAAAAUAAAGCCCUACUGGAAAAUAUAAAGCAGGCUGUGAGAGGAAUUCAGGUCUGAACAGCUGCUGUAGUGAUGAAACUCUUGCUUAAAAAGGAUGCCUCUUGUUUUUUGCUGCUGUAACUUUCCAGAAAGUGUUCUAUAUUUAUUUCUGUUUGAAACAGUGUUAUGCUUACAAGACUUCAUAAUGAUUUUAUGUCUUGCUUUAAAGAUAGUACCUGCAGAAUAGUUUUUGAAUACACCCACAUUUUGUACGUUUCCAUGUAAGCUGACAUAGUGUUCUGCCAUGUAAUGUUUAUAGCUGCUGAUGUAUGCACAUUUGGGGGUAUAUCUAUUUCUGAAGAGGUAAGCUGAUCAAAAUAAAUAGAGUGUAAAUUCUUU